AUGUUCGUCGGCACCUACCUGCGUUCGAGUCCCCCGCCUCUACCCGUCCAUUUCCACGUCCAUUUUCGUCAGAUUCUCAUGCUAUUCUACCAGUGCGUCAUUAGCGAGGCCAUCGACUACGGCAUCAACGAGUACCUCAACUGUACUUUGCGCGACCUUCUGGCCGACCCAGACCCGCUCAAUGGCCUGCUCAUCUCCAGCAUGUUUCAACCAACAUCCGAAUGGACCGGUAAUCCAUUUCUCUACGUGGUCGAACGCCUGCGACUUCGUCAAAUUUCUAUGUUCUACGAAGACUUGUGGGACAAAGGGGACACCGACCUCUACAACGCGCUCGCUGCAAUCCACUCGAUCCUUACGUUUCGCGUCGACGGACCUGACGCGACAGUUAUUCCAGGCCUAUGCAGCCUUUCACUGUCAUAA